UGCCUGUUCAGCUCUUGGGGAAAUCCACCGAGAGCCAGAGAGACCCAACCAAGUCAUUCAUAUCACAUCAUUCAGUCAUCAAGACAGCGACCGUGAGGCACUUCGCGCCACAUCAUUUUCCCACACCAGCGUUUCAAGCCAGAUUCAGCAUGUCCUCCCCCCAGUCCCACCCAUCCAACUUCCACAAAUAUCCAGCUACGGUCCAAAACUUGAGGCGUGUCGGCGAAUGCUGCGGCAGAAGCAGCCGCAGAAGCAACCUCCAACAUCGACUUGCUGACCUCAUCUUCGUAGCAGCCCUCCAGACAAUGUUCGGCUCGCCUCAAGGGGGAAAUCGGUUGGGAAAAAUAUUCCAUGGAGAUGGCGAUAGACGAGGAGUAGGAGUAGGGCAUCGUACUGGUGGGGAGGAUGGAUUCGUCGGAGGCGGAGGUGGAGGUGUCAAAGGCAGAGGCAGAGGUAGAUUCAGAGGCCGUGGGUUCGAACUCACGCUUCAAUGGCAACUCUGGACCCUCGGACGCCGUAGACGAAGCAAAAAGACUGGAGUCUUCCCCGCUGCUAACAUCGGUAGCCGUGGCUCGCUUGGGGAAAGGAAAGUCGUCGAAAGUGACUGUUUCAGUCUCCAGAUUCUAAGCGUCGGUCGCGAUGGCCGUAGUGAACUCGCCGGUCGCGUUGAACUCAAUGAAGAAGCUGGAGGUUUCAUCGGCGUUUGUGUGGGUCGUCAUGGCUCGCUUGGAAAAGAGGAAGUCGUCGGACAGGGUCGAUAUGACCUCGCGGCUGACGAUAUCCGGGAUCUCCGAAGUGCUUGACUCCUCGAAGAUAUCGGUCUUUGUUGGCAUUUCGGAGGAAGUUGCUGACUCAGUGGGGGAUUCAGUAAUUGACUCGGUCAGCGACGCUAGUCUGUCUGAUGGUCUGGCCAUGUUCAUCCCGGCGUCUGUGACGGCAAAGGUGGUGAGGGAGGCUGCAGAAGAGUCCGACACAAUCACCAUCAUCAUUGUCUGUGGACUUUGAUGUGUUAAUUUCUAGUAUAAUGUUCUCAUGGUUUAUUUAUCACUUACGAUAGCUUUGCCAGGGAAAUACUCGGGAUGACACCCGCGAGGA